UGUCUCUGUAACAAUGUAUCAUGGCAGACUCCACGAGUGAUAAUGAGGAAUUGAAUGAUGAAAUUUUGGAAGAUUAUUAUGCUUUUCUCAAUGUUUCGAAAGAGGCCUCUCAGGAAGACAUCACAAAUGCAUACAGACGUAUGAGUAAACUUUACCACCCAGACAAACACACUGACCCAAUAAGGAAACGAGAUGCAGAAACCCUGUUCAACAAGAUCAAAAAAGCUCAUGAAAUUCUGAUUGACCCUCACAAGAGAGCCAUAUAUGACACACUUGGUUUGAAGGGCCUGGAAACUGAUGGAUGGGAGAUUGUCCAAAGGACCAAAACUCCUCAGGAAAUAAGGGAAGAAUACGAACAGUUAGCUCAGGAAAGAGAAGAAAGACGGCUACAGCAAAGAACUAAUCCAAAAUUUGGUAUUCCUAACACUUUUGCAAUGGUCAGCUACACACACAAGAUCCUAGAUGCAGGAAAAGUAAAAGGUUCAGUCAAACUUGGAACUUUUGGUGCGAUAGUGGAAUAUGGCUGUGAGAAAAAAAUAUCACAACAUAGCAUUAUCGGGGCAUCUGUGAUGAUAGGAGUACCAUCAGGUAUAACCCUAAAAGUCAAGGGAUACCCUUCUUUGGAGAUCAAAUCUAUGACUAUUUCCCAGUCUAUCGAUGCACCAUUAACCAUCAGUGAUACUGCAACGUUGAGUGGAACACUUACAACUCAAAAUGGAACAGGAAAUGGCACAGUGGCUUGCUCAGUCAGACAUGUUGUAUCUGCCAAAACGUGGACUGAGUGUGAAGUUGGUGCAGGGAAUGGUUUACUGUUCAGUGGCAAGGUGUUUAGAACUCUCACCAAAACCUGUUUUGGAACAAUUCAAGGCAUCUUCCAUGCUACCCCAUUUGGAUUCAAACCUGGAAUUCAAGCACUUGUGGCAAAGCAGCUAGACAAACACACUGUAGGCUACCUGACUUGGAAAGCUGGACAUCAGUCGUGUAUGAACACCAUGAUCGUGUGGGACUCUAACACUGGACAUUUUGUUGGUUCAAUACAGGUGAGUUACUUGAGAUUUCUUCUUCAACUUUUAAUUUUUCCUCUCAGGGUUCAUAGAGCGAGUCAAAACUACAUUUUCCCCAUCUUUUUGUCAGAAGAAAUAUUACCUAGUGCUGUUUUCUAUGGUACGGUGGCACCCAUCUUGGGUUGGUAUGCUCUUAAGGUGUUAAUUAUAACCCCAUACCAACAAAGACAGAAAGAAAGAGAAACACAGAGAGCCAGAGAAGUUAAUGCAACAAAACUAGCAGAAAGACGUAAGGAAGCCACAGCUGCAGUGAGUGAUCUUAAUGAAAUAUAUUACUUCUGUAUCUUGUCUUUACAGUGUAAUCUAGCUGGGUUUUAUGAUCCCUGUCUUGGAGAAGACAAGGUGCUUCUGGUCAAAUACAGGUACAGAAACUUGUUGCAUCAAGUUAAAAUUGCAGAUGGAGAACCACUUAAGAUACCCAAAGAGUGUGAGUAUUAUCUCUGAAGGUUUAAAAUACAAACAGUCUCAUCUCUUGCAUUCCUGAUACCUGGAAGACUUGAAGACUUUGUGGGUUUCGAAAAGUUCUAGCCAAAUAGUUGUUUUAAGUGUAUCAUAUGUAGAGAAAACAGAUCUAGUAAAGAAAUUAAAUUGUUUUAAAAAUC